GUGUCUAUCGGAUAUUCUCCCGGGAAAGGAAAAAAAUCUUACCAAUCCAACCAAAAUCCCUAUUUUUUUUUCUGUUAUUCGAAGAGAAGAUGACUGGUGAGAAGUCGGAUUCUGAUCAUUCUUCUACAGGUGUAAAACAACAAAAGAAUAAUCAUCACGAGGAAACUCACGAAUCCAUGCGUCGGGACAUUGAUGAGAACACAACGUUGGGUGAUGUCAAAGCACCCAAUGUGUUCGAACGAGCCAAAGAGGAGAUCGAGGCUGUUAUCGGGGCCAUUCAUCAACACAAGAGGGCCGAGUCUGAUAAAUCCAAAUCUGAAUCCAAAUCCGAGGAGCCAGGUUCAGAGAACAACGGAAUGAAGAAACCGAACCUGAUCGAUUCCCUGUUCCACCCGCACAAGGAGAAACCUAAUUCUCAUCGACAUGUUCAUCAUCACAAGGAAACUCAUGGAAGGAGCGACGAUAUCGACGAGAACACGCCAGUGGAUGAAGUGAAAGGUCCAAACGUUUUCGAGAGAGCCAAGGAGGAAAUCGAGGCCAUAGUGGAUGUGAUCCGGCCGAAGAAGGAGAAAGAAUCAGGCGGUUCUCGGUCUUCCUCUCCGGAAAAGGAAAGAGCUGGAUUCGGAUGCUCCCUCGGUAAAGGCUUACAAAAAAUUUGCCAUCCUUGGGGUGAUGGUAAGAAGGAUUGAAUAUAUAUGUAUAUAUAUAUUCGUCCAUGGUGAUGAAGAACAAUGAAUUUGAUCCAAAAGUGUAAAUGACUCUUUGUUGUAUCAUACUGUUUUCAAGGAGAUUCAUGGAAUGUUCAUUUAAAAGUUCAUCCAUUAUCUUCUUGGUUCCUCCGACUUCUGUUUUCCUCUGUCGUCACAUUUUCUUUGUUUCGAUACCAUUUUUGGUUCAA